AUGGAUGGCUCCGUCGAGCCAUCUUCCCCAGAGUGUGUCGACGAUGAAGCGAUAUCGAAGUUCCCGGCUUCGGAAGACUUGGUCACCCAUCGGCCACCCACUGACGCACAGUUCGGCGUCGGCGCCGAGGGACCUGUGCCUCUUCCUUCUCUUUUUGAGGGGGACAUCGAGGAAGAGGACUGUCCAGAAGACUUCCUGCACGGUCUAUACACCUCUGAGGUGGCCACACAUCGCCAUGCUCGCAUGUGGCUUAAACCAGGUCUCCAACGUGCUGCGCGUCCCGUGACAGCCCAUCACACAGAUCCAGGCAAUGGAGACGGGCGACAGACUCCGCGGGACGGUGACACUGGUGCAAGCACGGACGAGCGCUCGCUGAUUCGCCAGAAGAGGAGGGCCGGAUUGGCUGUGGACCGUCGUCAUGUGGUGCCAGUCGACAGAGAAUGGGACAACACCUUCCUGGGAACUGGAAAACACUAUAGAUACAAUGGCUCGAGGGCGUCGAACACGCGCGGAGCUGUGGGGGCCCCUCGUCGGAUGCGCGUGCUCGAUCUGGAUUCUGUGAGUCCUGCUGUUCUGCAUCAUUCCUUUAUGUUUCUCCUUGUCAAGCAUCUUCCAGCGGAAAUCUGUCUGAAAGUGCUCAGCCGAAUUGCAGUUUACAGGGAUGUCCACACGCAACUCGCGUAUGAGAACCUGAUUCGCGACAUGGGCUUCCUGUUCACCAAGCACUACGAGGCGUGUACUUCCACACCACACGACCUUGGCCCAACUCUGGUGGCUUACGUUUGCCGGAUCGUGCAGACUAUCUCCAUUGCCUGGGGUGUGAACUAUGUCAGGAGGUUUGGGUGUUUUUCCAAGCAGUUCAUUGUCCAGCAAAUCGAGAGAAGCGCGAAUCCCCGCUUGUUCGACUUUGUUCGCUAUGCGCAUAAAGGAGGCGUGAAACCGCUUCCACCGAUAGUGACCCACCCCCAUCGUCUGUCGUCCUAUGUUCGCUUGCUUGAUGAGAGCUCUUCAAAGUUCUACAUGUACACUCACUUGAAACGCCACAGACAACUGCCCCUACAACAGCAGCUGCACGCCUCCCCUGAUCAGGUGGAAGGGGUCGCUGAUGCUGGGGAGCGUUUCUUCCGACUGGACAGCCUGUCUCCUCCACCUCAAGGCACUGGAUUGGAGGAAGAGUCCCGACUGCCUCGGGCGUUUGUUGCUGCCGAGAAGGCUCUGCAGCCUGCGCAGCGCAGGGUUGCUGGGCAGGCGAAGGCUGGGGGCCACAGCGAUAGUCUCGCGAGGGUGCCAGGACUGCCGGCGGGGAGAAAAUCGCAAACGGGUUUCGGGGAGAAAGAAGAAACGGUGAAGCGACCUGCCAUUUAUGACUUGAUCCUUGCCGCGGAGCACCUGGGAGUAGACUACAAGGAGCUACAGCGACGCAUCCAGGCCGAGCAGGAGGAAGAGUGGAGUAGCGAUGAAGACGAGGGUGCAAGAGAGCUGCGCGAGCUCAUCGACAACGACGAGGUCUACAAGCACAUCAGAGAUCGGUAUUAUCGAGGGCAGAACGCCGAUCGCGCCAUGGAAGAUGAACACUCGGACGAUGAACUGCACGACCGCUCAGAAGAGGAGACAGACAGCGAUAUCGACUCCGACGUCGAUGUGCGGAUACGCGAAGUUCCACCCGACGCCGAUGAAAAAGACAUGGCCAGGCCGCACGGGAAGCUUCAGAACGCAUGCAGCAUGCCGACCCGUGCAACAACAAGAGCACAAGCUGACACCACGGAGCAUACAGCAUCACUUGCGUCAGGCACCCGGUCCACACUGAGGUCUUCGGCUCGAGUACAGACCACUCGGGUCUCACCUUCCUUGAGUUCCUUCGAGACGACUGGAAAUGCUCCCUUCGAGAGUGCACGUGUCGAAACAUCUGAAAGCAGAGCGUCCGCCCUUGUACCCGUGGAACCGGACAGCCAACAGUGGGGAUGGCAGUGGGAGUUCCAGAGAGGCGAUGAGCUGGGGUCGAACUCAUGCGCCUCCGAGGAAGGGGACGACGACGCAGCCGGGGCAGAAAGGUGGUGGGGCUCGGCCUGGGGACGGCACCGAACAAGAUUCCGAUACAAAGGCCGGUCGUACGGCGUGGUUCCAGGAGAAGGCUGGAAGCUGCUAGAGGAAGAAGGGACUCUGAAAUUGUUGAAGCCGAAACGGAGAUUCGGGAAGCACGAGCCGAAACGAGAACGGCGCAUUAUGCGUCGAGUGACCCUCCGACGAGUCCGCCAGCAAGUGUUGCAGGAGGAAUGA